UCAUUUAUUAAAACGAUGAAUGUGAAACUUUUUGAAAUUGUGUGCCUGGUGAGCGUAAUCCAUACGAUGAAUGGUGAAAUAAAUAAUCGAAUCAAUCGUAUGCGUGGAAAUUUAUUGCAAAAUUUAACACGAACCCAUGAAUAUGACGAUAACAUUGUGACGAGUCAAUUGGACGCAUCAAUUCAAGUGAGACAGUUUUAUCGCAGCUUUCGCGAUGUGUAUAACAGCUGGUUCGGCGGUACAGGCAAACGUGAUAAUGGAAAUUUUCUACAAAAGCGUGUGCCCGAUACAGUGGCAUUUCCAUGCCGUACGAACGGAUAUAGAAGCACAAUAAUUCCCAAGAAUGUUAAUCGAUUACGUCCCGGCGAUAUUGAUAUUGUAAUGGCUAUAGGGGAUUCAUUAACCAGUGCAACGUCUGCAAAUUCGGCUGCACUGUGGGAGGUUUUAAUUGAAAAUCGGGGUGUAUCUUGGUGUAUAGGUGGACAAGGAAACUGGCGAUCACAUUUAACUCUUCCAAAUAUAUUGAAAGAAUUCAAUCCGAAUUUAUUUGGAUAUUCGCUGCAAGAUUCAUACAAUGUACAUCAAUCGGCUCAAUUUAAUGUGGCCGAGAAUAUUGCUACAGUCACCGACAUGCCGUACAUGGCCCAAAAAUUGAUCGAUCGUAUGAGACUGGAUCCAAGAGUCAACAUGACAUCACACUGGAAGCUAUUAACAUUCAUGAUAGGUGGAAAUGAUUUUUGCUCGGACAUAUGCUACCAAACGAAUGCAACUCAGUGGAUCAAUGAAAGUCAAGAAAAAUAUCUAAUUAAGACGCUGCGAUAUUUGCGCCAACACAUGCCACGGACAUUCGUAAACCUAGUACCAUCACCCCUGGUCAGUCUAUCAUUUUCAAUGGACCAAGUAAAUGUUCCAUGGACAUGCUACCUAUCACGACCAAUCGAAUGUUCAUGUCUUUUCGGUCCAGCAUAUUCGGAAAAGCGUCAACUCUUCCGCCAGCGUGAACGUGAAUUUGUCAAAAUAAUGGAACGUGUCAGCUAUCUCAAAGAAUUUCACACGGACGACUUUACUGUCGUUUAUCAGCCAUUCUUCCGAGAUGCGUCUGUGUUUGUAGACGACAGUAAAACACCGGACAUGGAUAUUAUGUCUGUGGAUUGCAUACAUUUGAGUCAGAAGGGACAUGCUGUUGCGGCGAAUGGAUUGUGGAAUAAUAUGCUGGAGAGAAAUGGUCGGAAGAGUUUGAAACUGAGCACAUUGUUCAAACGAUUUAACUGUCCUUCACCCAGUCAACCGUAUUUAGUAACUUACUUUAAUUAGCCGGUGCGUUGAGCAU